AUGAAAGUUCUAAUUCUUCUCUGCCUGGUGAGCUUUGUGAACUCAGCCUUUUUUGCUACAAAAAGCCUAACAUGCUCUCAUCUUUUCGUUGGACAGGAAUGUGUUGUUAAUUUCAAAUUUUAUAACAGUGGGCCAGAAAACAUCACGAACAUCGAAGUCAAUGAUUUCUCUAUUCUGUCCGGAUUAACAGAUAUUCAAGGCUCCACGACAUUUGAGUUGCCUACUUUAUUAGCCAAUCAUAAUGCUUCCCAUGAUGUAGUUUUUGUUCCUAACGAGUUAGCGGUAUCGCAUGCACAAGAAUUUCUGAAGUCUCUUGCACAACCCGUGACUGUCCGAUAUGAAGUGAGCAAGGAUCAAUUCGUCAUGAAAUCAACACCUCUAUCCCUUCCUCAUUAUAUGACCACGGUGUAUACUGACGAACAAUUUAAAAGAAAAUUCGGCUCGAAAAUUGAGACUUGGAUCGGUUUCUUCGCCAUUGUCGGCUUUCCCACAUUGGCUGCGCUGUACUUGCGCGAAUCAAUGAAGAGAAAAUACACGGUGAAGAAGAAUUGA